UGCUUGGUUCUUGGGAAAAUGGUGAUGGCCAAGCCCAAGUUGUUAUACGAGGAGUCUCGGCAGCAGAGCUUGGAGGAAAAUAGGAAGAAAAUGGCAGCACUCAAUCUGCCUCAGCUUGCCCAGCUGGCUCAUCCAGCCCCUGUGGGGCUCGCGAGGCCUCGUACGUUCGAGAAGCAUCUUGUUCAGGUCCGGAGAUCCACUUGCGUCUCGAAUCAUUCUUCCCCGGUUUACAAAGAGGUUUUUGAUGAACGAGUAAGAAUGCCCAGAAGGUCUUACCGCUCUAGUUGGCAGAAGGGUUUGUGGAACCGAACAAACGCUUCUGCUUCAGAUGAAGCCAGAGCUGCCGCAUUGCAUGAAGCCCAGGAAUUAGUGUCGGGUUUGGGAUCCGAUAACCCGACCAUUGUGAAAACGAUAAUCCCAUCUUAUAUCAGUGGUGGAUUCUUUCUGUGUCUUAAAAGACAGUUCUGCAUGGAGAACCUCUCAAAGGGUGAUGAAGUUAUGACAUUGGUAGAUUUGGACUCUCUGCUGGAUGGAAAGAAUUUGCAUUUGCUCAUGAUUUGGUGGAAGGGGAUGCAUUGGUUUUUCAAUUGAUCCGGCCUACUGCAUUUAAGGUGUACAUUGUAAGAGUAAAAAGAUCCGAAGGCAGCUCAGCUGGAUCAGCUUAGGUAAAAAGAAGUUUGGGGAUUGGGAUAAGACUUGCAUAUGUUUUGCAGUGAGCUCUAUUUGUUCCUAGAAAGGUACAUGUUUUGUCUAAUAGAAAACACUACAUUGAUGCUAAUUCGCACUGGUGUCCCUGAAGAGAUAUAUGAGUGGAGAGGACAGCUAGGACAACUAUAUUGCAUGUUAUGAGCAUGUGGGUUCAAAGCCUAAAACUUUAUCGUUGCAAAUGGCAAUCAGUGCAAGUAAUUGAUUUAAUUGCCAAUCACAACACCCCAAUUCACUAUAUGCAGGACUUUUCCU